AUAAUGGAAGAAGGCAUGGGUCAGACUAUUUCGUGUCCUGCUCAUGGUUGUGAUAUCUUAGUGGAUGACAACGCAGUUAUGCGCCUGAUCACAGAUUCAAAAGUUAAAGUAUCAGCAUUUAAUAACAAAUAGCUCUGUAGAGUGCAGUCGACUGUUAAAGUGGUGUCUUGCCCCAGAUUGCCACCAUGUUGUUAAAGUCCAGUGUACUGAUGCUAAACCUGUUCGCUGCAAAUGUGGGCGCCAAUUUUGUGGUUAAAGAAAUGGAUUAAAAAGUGUGAUAAUGACAGUGAAACUUCCAAUUGGAUUGCAGCCAACACAAAGGAAUGUCCCAAAUGCCAUGUCACAAUUGAGAAGGAUGGUGGUUGUAAUCACAUGGUCUGUCGUAACCAGAAGUGUAAAGCAGAGUUUUGCUGGGUGUGUCUUGGCCCAUGGGAACCACAUGGAUCUGCCUGGUACAACUGUAACCGCUAUAAUGAGGAUGAUGCAAAGGCAGCAAGAGAUGCACAGGAGAUUCUGGCGUCUGAUUGGAGAAUUUGUGUUGAUCAGGCUCACCGGCUCAUGCCUGCAGUCCUAGCACUUUGGGAUGCUGAGGCGAGAGGACUGAGCACGCGAGUUUGAGAUCAGACUG